UCGUUCUAAUGACGUCAUACUCUUCACUGGAAAAGCCAAGAUGGAAGAAUGCAACCAUCACCUUCACAUCUGGCUGGAUGCCAAGUUCUUUUGAUAGGAGACUCAAUUGUGCGACACGCUGUUUUUAAUGGACCCUUUACUUCUGAAACUUUGUGCUUUCCAGGGGCUAAUGUUACAUCGUUAAGAUCAUCAUUCGUCAAAUCUUUUCAGAAUUACUUCGACUUUUCUACAAAGGCUGUUUUCAUCCAUGUAGGAACAAACAAUUUAGAACAUAGUGUUUGGGAAAAGGAUUCCAAAGCAUUUCAUAAUUUGUAUAUUAGUGUUAGAGAGCGAUUUCGGUGUGCAAAGAUUAUUUUUUCUGCUAUUCUACCAAGGUGGGAUUGUGAACAAUUAUAUCGGAAAAGUUUGUAUUAUAAUUCCCAGCUUAAAGUUUUGUGUGAUAAGUUGUCUUGUUACUAUUUUGAUGGCAGUGAAGCUUUUGAACUUGAUGACUCAUACUUUUCUGUUGAUGGACUGCAUCUUUCUACAGCUGGAGCUCAGCAUCUGUCCACACAAAUAGAGGAAUAUAUAACAUCGAAACUCAACUAUACACAACCAUCAUACAGCCCUACAUGUAAUCGAAUUCCUGCAGAAUUGAAAAAACUUUACACGCCUGUGAAAAAAAAAAUUGUGAACGUUUCAUCUGCAUGCUCAUCAAAGCAAUGGGGCUAUUUCAACCCUGAUGUUGAAAUAGAGCGGAGAAGGAGAAGGAAAAGGAGUGUCACCAAAAGGGAGAGGUGGAAGUGUGGAACAAUUCGGACCCCAGAUGGCUUUCAAACUGUGAGGAAUUCAUUUAAACCAUCACCCACCCCACCGUUGCCACCAAACCGUCACAUCCCGGAAUUUCGCUGUACAGUCCUCAUCCCAUAUAAAAGACUUCAUCAGUUUCAUCAUCAUUCAUUGCCAUCAUGCAUCCCCCUUCCUGGAGUAAAGAGCAAGUACAUCCUCCAUAAGAAGAGGAAGAAGCCAAAGAGGAAAAGAAAACGAAAGGUCCAUCCAGCUGUCUACUCUGUUCACAGUCAAUCCCAGCUCGGUCAUCUACCAGAUAAUCAUGUCACCAAUCCUAGUCAUCAAAAUCAACAAGAUGCUCCAAACCCGCCCUCUUCAAACUGUGACCAAAAUCCAUCCAGCGUCCAGCAUCCAUACCCAAGUAGUCCACCGCUUGAGGUUCCAGUUCAUCAAAGUCAACCCAGUGUCCAUCACACUUCACAACCACCCAAGGCUCCAAUCCCGUCAUCACCAUCCAGCACAGGUCGAGUUGCAAGUGAUUCAUCAUUUUCUCUUAUCGAUUUUGAUGUUCAUAUACAUGUAGGUCCCAAUUCAAUCCAAUCCCAUGCAUAUAAUGAGGGAAAUCCACCCAUUGUCUACCCAAGUAAGAAUCCUUUGGAUGAUCCAAUUCCAUCAUCACAAGCCAGCAUAGCCAGCCUACUGCCUUCUUCCAGCCACUGGGAUGGAAUACAUCCACCCAUUCGACCUCCUGAUGAAUUAUCAUGUCAAACAUUUGCAUAUAGUCUUACUGGUACUCCAAUUAUAAUGCCUGAUUUAUCAUCUUCUUUUACUAAUUUAAAUGUGCAUUCAAGUUCCAAUUCAUUGGGGUGAAAGGACGCAAAAGGGCUCCAUGUAAUAAAGAUGUAUGUGGGCCUUGCCAGCUGUGCAGUAAGAAUUCAAAUAGAUAUUUACACCUUUCUACAUCAUCAAACAAACACUUAAAUGAAUUUAUCAAAGAGAAAUACCCUUCUGUAGAUGAAAAUUAUUGCAUAUGUGAUGCCUGUCGCCAGAAAAAUGUUAAAAAGCUAAAAACAAUAGAUGAAAAGGCAAUUCAAAUCUACACACCUGAAAAAACAAGAAAGAAGGAACGAUUGCCAUGCUUUUUGAGUCAUUAUUUUUUGUGUAACAUGACAUCUGAAUGUGAUACCAAUUGCACACUUGAAGAUUUCAAUUUUGCAUUUUCUUUAGAUUGUGUAUCCAUUCCUGAUUCCAUUCCUAUUUGUAAAAAGCACAGAGCAGAGAUUUUCAACCCCAAAGAGCGAAUUAAAUGUUCAUUUUGUGGUUCCCAAGUCAAAUCAAAAAAAUAUUUUUGUCAUAGUCUUUCGAAGGAAAGUAUUUUGAAAUUAAAAGAAGUUAAUGAUGAGUUUCUUUUUGAUGAUGAAAGCGUUUUGUGUACCUCAUGUCAGAGGUUUGCUUUACGAGAACAUAGUACUGAAUGCUUGCUAAAAGAAUUGGAGCAAUCUUUUCUUCUUAAGUGCCAACAGUAUGAACCGUCAGAUGAUUUAGAUCAUGUGUUAUUUGAUGUCCUGAAUUCUACAUUCCUACACCUUUGUAGCUUAUGUAAUACAAAUAAAGGUUUCUUGUUAAGUACUGCCUAUGAAUAUUUCUUAGAAGUUUUGAAGAGAAAAGUUCCAGAAAAAUCCCUUUAUUUUAGAUUGAUGAGAACAAAGACUUUCCUCCAUACAAAAAUUGUUGAAAAUUUUGGCAAAAUUCUGAUCAUUCACAAGUCAGCACGAAAAAAGGGAAUACUUUUUUAUAUCUCAGAUAUAUCAAUGUCAGAUCUUAUUGAAGCAUGGCAUACAAGCUGUUUUGAGUACAGACUUCUGAAAAAUAAAUGUGAUGAUGAGAGUGGAAAUCCAAAAGAUGAUGAAUAUUUACAAUCUCCUUCAAGCAGUAGUGUAGAAAUAGAAUUCAGGAGUAUAAUAGGUCAAUGCAACAGCAAUUUGCGAACACAGAGCAAACAGAUAAGAGACCAUUUUUUAACAAAUCCUUCUCACCUUAUUGAUUUUACUCUGAUUGAUUUAACUUCAUUUUUCAAUCCAUUAGUGUGGAACGUUAUUUGUCUUCUUACUGCCACAAGGGAAGAAUUCAAUCACUUCACAAAGUCAUCAUUUAGUGUAGAAAAAGAAUAUGUCAAUUUUCCAACAGAUAAUACAAAAUCAGGGCAAAGUCGUAGGCAAAGAAGAAUUACUGCAAUUUGUUUCUUACAAUUCAUAUUAAAUGAAGAAAAUAGCUAUCCUGUUCAUAUUCUCACUGGUACUUGUAUUCAAAGACUGACUCGUUCCUCAAAACUACUCAAAAUAUUUAAUAAAUUCGGUUUUUCGUGUUCAAAAGAUACUUUAAAUAGAUUUUGGCAUGAAGUGUUUGCUCGAAGGGAAAAAAAUGGUCUCAUGUCUGAGCUCAUUCCGGAAGCAUUUACAUUAAUUUCUAUUGAUAACAUUGAUGUAUUAUCUCCAUUUGCUGCUGUAACAAUUGACUCGUCAAGAAGCUGGCACGGAACAUCCAUUAUGGCACAACAGCCAAAGCCUAUCACAGAAAAGUCACACUCAUUAGAAAAGUUGUCUGAAGAUCAAUUAAAUAUAGAUUCUGAUAUUGAACAGGAAUUUCAAGUAGGUGCACAUUCUUCUGAAUCUUCAAUUCCAAAUGUUAAAAAACCUCGUUUGAGAAGGAAGCUUUCCUUAAGUGGUGACUCGUCUUUACCAGCAGCAAAUAGGAAAGAUUUUCAGGCCCCUUACUAUAAGACCUUUAUAAGGUCACAGCUUACGAUAGAAUAUUUCGAAUAUUCCAGUCAUGAUAAGAAAUUUUUUGAAGAAGGGUUUUUCAAUAUGUUUGUGUAUGUUGCAGAAAGAUAUUAUAGUUUGCAUUAUCAAUCUUCAACUGUUAUUCCAAGUUUUAAGUGUAAAUUAGCGAUGGUAGGUAAUCACGAGACUGAGAAAUCAAACUUCAGUUAUCUUUACGUCUUGGAUGAGAAAGCUGACUCACCCAAUACUCUGAUGCAUUGUUUAGGGAUUCUUUACAAAUUAUUUGAAAUCAACAAAAAUAACAAUCACUUAGUUGUAGCUGGAGAUGGAGCCACUAUAAAAAUGUUGAUAAAUAUGAAAAGAGAGUAUGGAGAAGUUUUGGACUGGGUAAUACCAUUUCUUGGAGAUUGGCAUGUUUUGAAAAAUUUUCAGGAGGUGAUAAUGAAAAUUUUCUGGGAUGCUGGUUUGAAGGAUUUAGCAAAAUUGGCCCAUAAGCAGAUGACUUUACAGAGUCUAGCAUCAUGUAGUAAUUUCAAAAGAACUCACAGGUUUAUCUUGCAAAGUUAUGAAGCCGUAUUUAUGUGUCUGCUUUCCUCAUUUUUAGAGCAUCGUAAAGGAACUGAAGUUGUUAUUUCUAAUGAUGACUUUCUGAAACAGAUAGAGAAUGUUGUUUGUCACCUUGAAUAUGAAGAUGGAAAACACAAAGGUGUAGAUGAAUUUUUUGAUGCUGAAUUGCACUUCAUUCAUUCUGUUAUUCCAUUUGUAAAUGAAUUCAAUGCAUAUUGCGAAGAAAUGUCUUCAAAAUAUGAAACAUUUAGAUUCUGGAACCAGUUUGUGAGAGAAGAUUGUCUGUCAUACAUAAACCUUCACAUGGCAAUGCGAACAGGGAAUUGGAAUUUGCGUUUAGCUUCUUUUAAGAAAAUGAUUCCAUUAUUUCAAGCUUUUGAUCGUCAGAAUUAUUCCACCCUCAUACCAGGACAUCUAAGUAUGAUUUGUGGUUUCCCAGAUUACAUUAGAGAGCAUUUUGAAAAGGGGGCAUUUGUUGCAAGUAUUAGUGGUAAGAACUUUUCACAUAUUGGACUAGAUGAAGCACACGAAAUGCUUAUCAAUAGAGACUGUAAAAUGGCCUUAACGCAUAGUUUACCAAAGGAUAUGAAUACAUUGGCUGGAACUCUAGAGAAUCAAGCAAAGAUGAUAAGUACAUUAGAAGAACAGUUAGGCAUUACAAGACCAAACAAGUAUCAAAGAGAUCUUGAUUUGUCAGUCAUUAAAUUAGAAUUCAAUAAUGUGAAAUCAUACUUUGAAAAACUUUCUAACACGCAGAUAUUCCAUAGCAAUCAGUCAGCAUGUCUUUCUCACAUUUUCACUGAAAAGCCAGCCACUGCAGUCCAACAGCAAUCUCUUUUGAAUUUUAGGAAAAUGGGGGAAGAUGCUUAUAUGGCAUAUUGUAAAAUGUUCAUAUUGGGACAGACAUCUGUUGAAAAACCAGUUGCAAGAAAGUUUCGACUCAAAACUUUUGCUAAGGAAAAAAUUAGAAAAAAAAAGGUAUCUGAUUUGGAGAAAGAAAAAAAACUAAUUACUUUAUGUUAUAAACGAACAAUUGCUCAUUCUCAAGAAACCAAACUUCCUAUAUCAGAUUUGUGCCAAUUUGUAACAGAACCACGAGCAUUAUGUGGACAAAAUCAUAUGCCUCAUAAAGGGGCAAAAUCGUUAAUUUAUACACAACUUGAUAAGCGUUACAAUACACAAUAUCCUUUGAUUGCACAUUCAUAUAGCUUUUCACCUACUGACUCUUGCGUUAUUAUUGAAGGGAUGAAUAUCAUUUACACCUCUCCAUUGAAACAGUUUAAAGUAUUUCUUGAUUAUGCUAAAUUUUUGGUUCAGCGGUGGGUAGCAUCAUAUUUUAAGAAAGGUUUUAGAGAAGUAAGGAUACUUUUUGACCAGGCAGGCACUCAGGGUACAUCACCUAAAGGAAUAGAAAGGACACGUAGGGAUAGAGAAGAUGAGGAAUAUAAUUAUGAAAGUAUAGAUGAUAAUGUCCCUCUUCCCAGAACUUGGAUGAAUUUUCUUAAAAUACGUUCAAAUAAGCAAAUGCUUUGUCGUUAUUUAUCACAGAAGUUUAUAGAUAUUGUUGCACUAGAAUUCAAGUAUCCAAAUCAAAUUUUUAUUACAUCAGGUGGGUUCCAUGUUGGUUUAGAUCAAUCUUUUGAUUGGACUGGUGUGAAGGUUUCUUCAAGAGGAAAAGAAAGUCAUAACAUUGUACAUAAUCAUGAAGAGUCCGAUACUCAAAUCUGGUUACACGUUUUUGAUUCACCAUGUUCAAAAAUUUUAAUUUAUUCGAUUGAUAGGGAUAUAGGAAUGAUAGGGCUGCCUUUAAACUUUGAUGACAAAUCAAUAAUAAUACAAUUUGAUGCCAAGCCAGGACAAGAAAAGUUUUUGAAUUUGAAUAUGUUACAAUCCGCAUGUGAAAGAGAUUCAGAUCUAUCCCAAUUAAGUUUGAAAGCAAUAGAUGUUAAGAAGUGUAUUCAAACACUCUACAUAUGUAGUGGGUGUGAUUUUGUGUCUUUUUUUGCACAACUAGGGAAGCGUGUAUUUUUUAAUACCUUUUUCCAAUAUGCCUCUUUUAUUGCUGGAGAAUUGUCUCCAGAUACACAAGGAACACUAUACAAUACAAAUUUAAAUGCUGAUAGUGAUGCAGGGUUACUCUCUUUUUAUAGACUUGUACUAUGUGUUUAUUUCAAUGCAAAUCGUGCAUGUCUACAUGACUAUUCCUCUCCAGUUGAUUUGUUUCAUAGUAUUGAUGAAUGUUCUGUGUUUGAUAGGCAUAUUAAAGCUCUUGAGGUUGUUCGGAAAGCAUCGUGGAAGGGAGUCUAUGAAGAUGGACUUUUACCUUCCAGUUCUGCCCUAAAAUUGCAUUGGCUACGAUCUUGUUGGGUCCAAACUGUUUGGGAUAAAGUACAGAUUCCCAUAUACAAUUAUCCAGACAUUGAAUUAUAUGGCUUUGUUGUAUCCAGGGAUGAUGGGGAAGUACAUGUAGCAUGCCAGUGGGACACAGAUGAAAGUAUUGAAAAGAUUAAAUCAAAUGUUUUAUAUCUCACAAGGGGUUGUUCUUGUGCCAAGAGCAAAUGUCAAAACCGUUUAUGUAAAUGUAGAAAAGAGGGUAGAUUUUGUGGGCCAGGUUGCCGAUGUAGACAGUGCCAAAAUCUUACUGCUGUAGAUAAACUGGCAAGUGAUAGCGACUCCAGUGAAGAAGAUUCUGAUAUUGAUCAUUUUGAUUAUGAUUCUGAUUUUGAUGAAGUUCCUUGUGAUAAAACAAAUAUCGAAGGUACCAUUGAAAUCGACAUUGAUGGUGAUUUAUCUCUGUUUGAAGAUUUGCAGGAAGACUGUUCAGAUUAUGAGUAGGCAUUAUCUGUGUCAUGUUCUUGUAGCCCUUUGAAAUCAUUCAUCAGUCAUUUAAUCAGUCUAUUAUAUGCCAGUAUUCAUUGGCUGCUGUGAGGGUGAAGUUUGUUACAUUGAAUCUUUUCAUGAUAGCUAUUACUUUUAUAUUAUGUACAUGUUUUUUUAAUGGUUAUAAUUUUUGUUUAAAGAACAUUUAUGAGAAGGCAUGACAGGCAAUGUGGAAAUGUUGGUGAGCAUUUACACAUGUUUUUUAUGCAUGUGAUACCUUUUUAUUUAUUUUUCAUAUAUUUCACGUACCUUGCCAUGUUAUGUUUAUUCUUGCUUUUUACUGCAAUACAUAUGAGUCAGUGUAUGUAUACGUUUCUUGCCAGUUCCAUUGAGGUCUUGCAGGUCAAUCAUUUUGGUAGCUGAAAUAAUAGUUGUCGUAGUUGUAUGAAACAAAUGUGAAGUUUCUUACAGCAAUUGUGAGGCUUUAGCAGAAUACAUGAUGGUUACAUGUAUUUCGUUAGAUUGGCUAAUUAUUUCAUUAGCAAUAUAUAGAGGUGCAGUACAUGUCUUUCCUCUUGAACUUUGACGCAGCUUUUUCAAUAUGUGUGUGAUUUACAAUAUCCUAUAAAACAGUUGUGUAUAUUAUUUUACCCUGCUGUUGCUUUUGCUACUUAUGAUUAUGAUUAUGUAAAUGUGUAACUUUUUUUGCUUUACAUGUAUUGAACCUUUUGUACAAGUUGUCAUGAUGAACUUGAACAUUGAACUACCCUUGUUCCUACUCUUACAUGUACAUUACAUGUAUGUAUAUUUUCAUGAUCACCUUUUUAUAAAUUGUUUUUUCCUUGCCAUUUAGAGAGUGCAUAGUGGCAGUUUUAACAUCUCAUACACAUGUUAACAAUGGGGACAUUAUUAGAGUUGGUGAUACGUAUAUUGACCCCAGUAAUUUCAUAUAUUGUAAUAUGUAUUACCUAGAGGCUAGAUAUACAUUUAUGUAAACGUAUGGCUGAAUUAUUUCUUUUAUGAGGCAGUUUUGAUGGCACUGACUUCUGUAUACAAAGAUUAUUUCACUUGUUUCCUUUCAUGACUACCAAAUUUAUUUCACUGAUGACGGGCUUUCCUAAACAAUACAUUCCUUGUAUAUAAAAUUGUUUUAACUCAUAUUUACCUCAACUACUGUAGUCUGCUUGCCAAAGACAUUCAGGGAGCAUUAUAUGUAAAACUGCCUUUAUCUUUAUUAACAUGUUUGAUUGUAAAACAAAAACAGUAUUCACUUAUAGUCUCUUCAUGUACUUGCCUUGAAUGAUAUUAGGUGCCAAAGUUUUUUGCUUGUAUUUAUAUGUUUUGUAAACAUGAGUUUCAAGAGUUUGAUGUUGGAAAUAAAGUCUUUUUUUCUUGUUAAAA